CAGGACGUCAGAGCUGCGAGGAGCUGCUCACACACACACACACACACACACACACACACACUGAAGAUCCUCCUCAGAGUGUCGACGAUAUGUAUUUUGUUAUUUCUGCCAUGAAAGCUCAGAUUGAAAUAAUUCCCUGUAAGAUCUGCGGAGACAAAUCGUCAGGGAUCCACUACGGGGUGAUCACCUGCGAGGGCUGUAAGGGCUUCUUCAGACGCAGCCAGCAGAGCAACGCCGCCUACUCGUGUCCUCGCCAGAAGAACUGUCUGAUCGACCGGACGAGCCGGAACCGCUGCCAGCACUGCCGUCUGCAGAAAUGUGUGGCCGUGGGCAUGUCCCGGGACGCGGUGAAGUUCGGUCGCAUGUCCAAGAAGCAGCGGGACAGUUUGUACGCUGAGGUCCAGAAGCAUCGUCUCCAGCAGCAGCAGCAGCAGCAGGGUCCCGUCCUCCUGUCCCAUCCGGGCCUCGGCAGCCCGAGCCCGGGAGAGGCGGAGCCGCCGUCCCCCCACUACGGCCUCUCCUCCACCGGCCUCACGGAGCUGCCCGAUGAACUGGGGGGCUACUUGGAGCAGAACUCCCCCGAUGGACGAUCAGUGUCAUCCAAGGCCGACUCCGGAGGAGAAGGAGGCGGUACCUUCUACCUGGACAUCCAGCCGUCUCCGGACCAAUCAGGACUGGAUAUUAACGGCAUCAAACCGGAGCCGCUGUGCGACUACGGGUCCGGCUUCUUCCCGUACUGCUCCUUCAGCGACGGAGACGCGUCGCCCACCGCGUCGUCCGUGGCCGAACUCGAUCACCUGGCCCACGUCACCUCCAGGUCUCACCUGGAGACGUGUCAGUACCUGAGGGAGGAGCUUCAGCAGAUGAGCUGGCAGAACUUCCUGCAGGACGAGGUGGAGAGCUACCAGAGCAAGCCGCGGGAGGGGAUGUGGCAGCUCUGCGCCGUGAAGAUCACCGAGGCGAUCCAGUACGUGGUGGAGUUCGCCAAGCGCAUCGACGGCUUCAUGGAUCUCUGCCAGAACGACCAGAUCGUGCUGCUGAAAGCUGGUUCUCUGGAGGUCGUCUUCGUCCGCAUGUGUCGCGUGUUUGACUCGCAGAACAACACGGUUUACUUCGAUGGGAAAUUUGCAGGUCCGGACGUCUUCAAAGCUCUAGGCUGCGAUGAUUUGAUCGCGUCGGUGUUCGACUUCGCUAAGAGUUUGUGUUCGCUGCAUCUGACGGAGGACGAGCUCGCUCUCUUCUCCUCCUUCGUCCUGCUCUCCGCAGACCGGACGUGGCUGCAGGACAAGCUGCAGGUGGAGAAGCUGCAGCAGAAGACUCAUCUAGCUCUGCAACACGUCCUGCAGAAGAACCAGAGAGGAGACGGAGUUCUGCACAAGCUCAGGUGUAAAGUCUCAGCGUUGCGUUCCCUGUGCAGUCGGCACACGGAGAAACUAUCGGCCUUCCGAGCCGUUUACCCCGACGUGGUUCGGACGCACUUCCCUCCUCUGUACAAGGAGCUGUUCGGUGGCGAGCUGGAGCUGACGCUGCGGGCGGACGACGACUAGCCGGCGAAUCACGUGCUCCGCAGAGCCGACCGGCGGCGGCGGCGGCGACCCGCUGGAUUCUGGACGGAUGGAGUUGGAACAGCGGACAGAGGACAGGACGACUCUAACUGCACUUUUCCAUGGACAGCUGAGAGACGCGGACUCGCCUCCUCCUCAUCAGUUUGUCUUUCAUCGCCUCCUCGUCUGGCUGAUCAUCACACGACCACGAGUCUGUGGCCAAAGAUCCAUUUCACAUGUCCUCGCAAUCACGUGACUGCAAAGACACAAAAUGACUGAAACCGACCACAGAUCAGGAAGAACGACGGCGUUGACACGCGUCACGCUCCGUCCACGUCACUGGUGCUUGUUCAGACCAACAUGAUGCAACUUUCACACCAGCGUUUACCUCCAACGUUCAGCGGCAAACUGAACAGGAGUUUGGUGGAUUUGUUCCAGCAGCAGCAGCAGCAGCAGCUCUAUCAGGCUCAGGAAGCAGAGGAUCAUGGGUAAAUACCCAGCGUUCAGUUGUGUUCAGUUCGGACGGUGGGACGACGCAGUCAGAGACUUUGUCUCGACACGAAAACCACGUCAUCAGAGGUGAUGACCAGGUGAGGCAGCAGGGGGCGCUGCUUUUCCUCUGACUCCCUCUGGAAAAGCAGGAAACAAAAGUAACGGUGAACUUCUGACCUCAUGAACAAAUAUUAGAAAAAUCCAUUUUGUACAAACUAAAAACUCAAAAUACAAAAGAGCAAAAACUGCUCGGGAGCUUGGAGGAUCAUGGUACUGUAGGAUUUAGAGUUCUGGACAUGAAAUGAGUUCGGGUUUUUGUUUGUUUUGAUUUCAUCCUCAUCAUCAUCAUCCUCAUCAUCCUCCUCAUCCUCCUCAUCAUCCUCCUCAUCAUCAUCAUCAUCCUCAUCAUCAUCAUCAUCCUCAUCAUCAUCA